UCAAAAUAGAAAUCAGACUGUUCAUUCCAAAAUGGAGGCAGAAGAUAUGGAAAAUUCAAUUGCUCCGCCGUGGUUGGAAUUGCCGCCGGAGAUUACAUCGUCGAUCCUUCAAAAGGUUGGGCCGAUUGAGAUGUUGAAGAGCGCCGAUAAAGUCUGUUCAUAUUGGCGUCGGUUGUGCCAUGAACCAGCUAUGUGGCGAGUUGUGAAAAUGCAGAAUGCCGGUGCCGAUUUCUGGGACAGGGAGGAUGAUUUGGAGAAGAUUUGCGGUCGAGCUGUGGAAUGUAGCAACGGGGAAUUAGUUGAUCUCAGCCUUGAGUAUUUUGGCAGCGAUAAUUUGCUCAGCUAUAUCGCUGAAAGAUCACCUCAGCUCAAACGUCUGCGACUGGUAUGUUCCUAUAAUGUCUCAGCUGUGGGGUUCAGUGCAGCGGUGAAGAAGUUCCCAUUAUUGGAGGAGCUGCAUCUCUACUACGUCGGUAUCAGCAAGGAAGCCAUUGAAACUAUAGGGCGUUCCUGUCGGGGUUUGAAGUCUUUCAAGCUGAACAACCAAAUCUGCAGACACCCCUACAUUGAAUACGAUGACGAGGCAAUUGCUAUUGCGCAGAACAUGCCGGAACUGCGCCACCUUCAACUCCUUGGGAAUAAGAUGACGAAUGAAGGAUUGGAAGCAAUUCUCAAUGGGUGCCCUCGACUUGAAUCGCUAGAUCUGCGGCGAUGUCUCAAUGUCCAGCUGGAAGGGGAACUAGGGAAGCGAUGUUCUUGUCAGAUUAAGUCUCUAAGACACCCUGAGGACCCAACAGAAGAUUAUGGGCUGGAUACAGAAAUGCACGACUUCGAGUCGUUUGAUGAGGACUACCCAUCUGGAUUUUCUGACAUUGACCUCAUAUCAGACGACGAUGAUGAUUAUGAGUUUUCUUAUGGCAGCAACUAUUCUGAUGAUGAUGAUGAUGAUGAGAUGUUCGAUUAUUGAUGUCCCCUCUAUUCUGUUGAUGUCAUUAGUCUCUCAGUUUUAAUGUCAUUUGUACUCUUUAUGUUGUUGUUAUGGAUCCUUUAGUUUUCUAAAUGUUUUAGCCCUAAGAAUAUAAAGAUAUCUGUUUCAGCAUUUGCUAAGUAACUGUAGCGGAUUAAGUGCCUAGCACAUGUGUAGAUUUGUGGUUGAUAAACUAAACAUCCUUUGUGUCAUUGUGCAACUUCUCAGUUUUAUGAAGGACACAUUCGAAUCC